UCUCUCUCCCUCCCCCCUCCUCUCUCUCUCUCUCUCUGUACCGGAGGAUCGUCUCUCCGAUGCAUCCGGUGGAUUAUAAGAGGAGCAGCUGAUGAUCUGAAGAUGAUUUUAUUUUUCUGAAUCUCUCCAUCAUCUCUCUGUCAUGCAGCUGAACACCUCCUCCCCUCUCUCCUCCCCCUCUUCCUCCUCCUCCACCUCGUCUCCUCUCCCGGUCACUCUCGGCUCUCUGGAGGACGGUGGCGGGGGUUUCUUCCUCCUGAAUGACUCCGGUAACGGCUCCCUGUCCGGCGGAGCGGCGCCCUCGGCGGGCAGCGCGGCUCUCAUCUCGUCCAUCUACUCGGUGGUUUGUCUGGUUGGUCUGAGCGGGAACUCCAUGGUCAUCUACGUCAUCUUCCGGUAUGCUAAGAUGAAAACGGCCACUAACCUGUACAUCCUGAACCUGGCGGUGGCCGACGAACUGCUAAUGCUCAGUGUGCCGUUCGUCGUCACCGCCGCGCUGCUGCGCCGCUGGCCGUUUGGCGCGGCGCUGUGCCGCCUCGUGCUCAGUGUGGACGCCAUCAACAUGUUCACGAGCAUCUACUGCCUAACGGUGCUCAGCGUGGACCGGUACAUUGCGGUCGUCCACCCGCUGCGGGCGUCCCGGUACCGACGGCCCACGGUGGCCAAACUUGUGAACGUGUGCGUGUGGAUGUUCUCCCUGCUGGUCAUCCUUCCCAUCAUCCUCUUCUCCUCCACUGCGCCCAACUCGGACGGCUCAGUGGCUUGUAACAUGCAGAUGCCGGAGCCUGAGAGGCGAUGGAUGGCGGCGUUCGCGGUCUACGCCUUCCUGAUGGGCUUCCUGUUUCCGGUUCUUGCCAUCGUGCUGUGCUACGCGCUCAUCCUCAGUCAGCUCCGCGUGGUGGCGCUGCGGGCCGGCUGGCAGCAGAGGCGGAGCUCUGAGAGGAAGAUCACGGUGAUGGUGACGGUGGUGGUGUCGGUGUUCGUGGUGUGCUGGAUGCCGUUCCACGUGGUGCAACUGGUGGGCGUGUUCCUGCAGCGUCAUGACCCCACCCUCAGCCAGCUGGCCGUCGUCCUCGGGUACGCUAACAGCUGCGCCAACCCUCUGCUUUAUGGCUUCCUGUCCGACAACUUCAGACGCUCCUUCCAGAGGAUCCUGUGUGUGCGCUGGAUGGAGGCCCCCGAGGAGCCCCUGGACUACCUGGACUACUUUAGCACGGCCCUGAAGAGUAGACGCCUCAGCCUGGACCAGGACCAGGAGGAGCAGGACAGGCCCCGCCCCCACAACACCUGCUCCAGGAUGUAGUCUGAACUCUGAUCUGCUCCAGGAUGUAGUCUGAGCUC